AUGUCCACGUUGUGGUCGAAAGUACAGUAGUGAAGACUAUCUAAACGUUCACAUGAAAAAUGAAUGCGGAAAAAAUCCACGAUUAAAACGACAUGUGAGGGUUCAAACAGGAGAGAAACCUUGUCAAUGCAAACAUUGUGGUAAAACAUUUAGACACCUUUCUAAAUUGAAUGAACAUGUUAGGAUACAUACUGGAGACAAACCUUACCAAUGUGAAAAUUGUGGUAAAAGAUUUACAGUGCUUGGUAACCUAAAACGUCAUGGUAUGAUACAUACAGGAGAGAAACCUUAUAAAUGUAAACAUUGUGGUAAAAUGUUUUUACAGAAUUAUGAUUUAAAUGAACACCUUAGGAUACAUACAGGAGAGAAACCUUAUCAAUGUCAACAUUGUGGUAAAACCUUUACACAGCUUUGUAGCUUAAAACGUCAUGGUAUACAUACAGGAGAGAAACCUUAUAAAUGUGAACAUUGUGGUAAAACAUUUUCACAGAACUGUGAUUUGAAUAAACACCUUAGGAUACAUACAGGAGAGAAACCUUAUCAAUGUGAACAUUGUGGUAAAACAUUUUCACAGAAUUGUGAUUUGAAUAAACACCUUAGGAUACAUACAGGAGAGAAACCUUAUCAAUGUCAACACUGUGGUAAAACAUUUACACAGCUUUGUAACUUAAAAAGUCACGUAAUGAUACAUACUGGAGAGAAACCUUAUCAAUGUGAACAUUGUGGUAAAAGAUUAAGGUCUAAUAAUUUUAAAAGACACAUGAGGAUACAACAAGAAAAACCUUAUCAAUGUGAACAUUUUGGUAAAACGUUUAAUAAGAAGAGUAACUUGAAACAACACGUUCCACAUGAUAUCAAUUUCCAUUGACAAUUGGGUUGUGUUGUGAAAGAUUGCUGCAGUGUAAAUAACCGCUUUGAAUUU